GGGGCGGGGCCAGGCGGGCACCGGGGCCGGGACCGGGACCGGGACCCCGCCGGGACCCACGUGCAGUCGGACCGAGAUGUGGCCGCUCCGCCUGGGCAGGACCCUGCAGCGAUGGGGGGCCCGGGGGGGCCCCGGCAGCCAGCGGGCACAGCAGGGCAGCCAGCGGGCACAGCACGGCUCCGCCGCCGCCGCCACCACCGGGCACGUCCCCAGCUGGACGGGGCAGGAGAGCCUGGCCGAGAGCGACCCCGAAAUCUGGAGCCUGGUGCAGAAGGAGAAGGAUCGGCAGUGCCGGGGGCUGGAGCUCAUUGCCUCUGAGAAUUUCUGCAGCCGGGCGGCGCUGGAAGCCCUGGGCUCCUGCCUCAACAACAAGUACUCGGAGGGUUAUCCUGGGAGGAGGUACUACGGGGGGGCCGAGGUGGUGGAUCAGAUCGAGCUGCUGUGCGAGCGGAGGGCGCUCGAGGCCUUCGACCUGGACCCCGCGCGCUGGGGCGUCAACGUGCAGCCCUACUCGGGGUCCCCGGCCAACUUCACCGCCUACACGGCCCUGCUGCAGCCCCACGACCGCCUCAUGGGGCUGGACCUGCCCGACGGGGGCCACCUCACCCACGGGUACAUGUCCGACGUCAGGAAGAUCUCGGCCACCUCCAUCUUCUUCGAGUCGAUGCCCUACAAGCUGGAUCCGGCCACGGGGCUGAUCGACUACGAGCAGCUGGAGGUGACGGC